CUGCCCGGUGAAGGCAGUCUUACGUUCAUUCCAGAACCUCCAAAUAAAACGAUAGCCAGAACAGUGUUCUGAACUGGACGUGUGAGCCUCCCUCUCCUGCCUUUUUAAUGGUAGGCCACCACCCCCAAAGAUUCACUCAGAAACCUCCCAGUGCUCCCCACCUCUGUCAUUUUCUUCUUCUUCUUCUUCUUCUCACAGCGAGCUCAGACGUUUUCAAAAGAGGAAAAAACAGAGUCCCCUCUAUGCAAUGUGCCAACUGUAAUGUAGCAUUCGGUGAAAAACGAAACACGCUUUCUUCUUCUUCUGCUUCUCUGUAUCUCCGACGAUUCGCCAAGACCCACCUCCAGCGUUUUAAUCCCGUCUUUUCUGAAAUCUUGGAGGUGUUCUGAUUUCGAAACGCUGAAUCAUUUUGAUUCGUCUGCGAUAUUCUGCACCCACCGGUUCACCGAAUUGACUGUGCUCCUCAACGGGAAAGUUCCCACCUUUAAAGUCGAGAGAGAGAGAGAGAGAGAGAGAGAGAGGGUUAAGUUCAGCAAGUUCCUAUCUUGUUUUCAGAAUUAGAGGGUGCUUGUUUUUCCUGAUUCGGAGAUUUCCCUCUUAUUUUGGAGAGCGAUAAGCCUGAGUGACUGGAAGAUCUCUUACGAAGCUGCAAGUGCAAGUAGCAUCAAACAUCAGAGGAACGUCUGGAUCAACCAAUUAAUACACUCGCAAAGAAAGCGAGCUCAUUUUAGAGUUUCAAGUCAACCUUCUCAGUGACUGUGGCAAAGUUUUGAUUUUCUGGAAGAAAAUGCUCCAUCUCGGGAUCAAUGCGGUAUUAAAUUUCUCUUCUUUUCUUCUUCAAGACCUUGAAGUGUUGUUCUGAUACUUUGGGUCAUCACGAGCCUCAAGAUUCAUUCUAAAGAGCCUUCUUAGAGACUGCAGUUCUAGUGGGACAAUUUGCUUGAGAAAUCACAGUGCGGCGUAAUUGUGCCUGGUGAGACAAAUACUGUGACUGAACUUCUAUGUCGUGGAUGCUUUUUGAUAAUGCAUCAAAAGCAAAGUUUUGGCUGUGCCCAUUUGGAGAAUAUGCUGGAAUUGAUGGCUAACAGGUAUCUGGGCUAAGUCAUUAGCUUAAAUCUGUGCGCGACGAUUAGCAAUCUUCAGUAUGUCAGAGAAUACACAAGAAGUUCGAUCUCUCGGCCUGACGCCAACAUGGUCUGUUGCUACCGUAUUGACAGUUUUCGUCACAGUUUCAUUGGUCGUGGAGCGCUUAAUUCACCGGUUAAGUACAUGGCUACGUAAAACUAAUCGUAAACCGUUACUUGAAGCUGUUGAGAAAAUGAAAGAAGAGCUGAUGCUGCUUGGAUUUAUCUCUCUCCUUCUGACGGCCACCUCAGGCAUGAUAGCUAAUAUCUGCAUCCCGACGAGGUUUUAUGAUCGUACUUUUGCUCCGUGCACCAGGCCUCAGAUUGAUGAAGAUAGGGAGAACAAUAGUUCCACGGAACGUAAGAUGUUGGCCGAACAUUUCCUGAAUCACUCAUUCAGGAGAACGUUGAAUACAUUCAGUCAGAAUUCCUGCAAAGAGGGUUACGAGCCAUUUGUGUCAUAUGAAGGUCUUGAGCAGUUGCACCGCUUCAUAUUUGUCAUGGCAGUAACGCAUAUAUCUUACAGCUGCUUGACAAUGUUGUUAGCAAUAGUGAAGAUUCACAGUUGGAGGAUAUGGGAAGAUGAAGCUCAUGUGGAUCGGCAUGAUUUCUUAACUGAAAUCACAAGAGAGUCGAUAUUACAGAGACAAUCUACUUUUGUCAAGAUUCAUACAGCAAAUCCUUUAGUCAAGAACGGCUUUUUCAUCUGGGUGACUUGUUUUUUCCGCCAGUUUGGGCAUUCAGUGGUUCGUGACGACUACUUAACUUUACGUAAAGGCUUCAUCAUGAAUCACAACCUUCCACCAAAGUAUGAUUUCCACAGCUAUAUGAUUCGCUCUAUGGAAGAAGAAUUCCAACGGAUAGUUGGUGUGAGUGGUCCUCUAUGGGGUUUUGUAGUUGCUUUCAUGCUGUUUAACAUAAAAGGGUCCAAUCUCUAUUUUUGGAUAGCCAUUAUUCCUAUUAUGCUCGUUCUUCUGGUGGGAGCAAAAUUGCAGCAUGUCAUUGCAACCUUGUCAUUGGAAAAUGCUGGAAUUACUGGAUUCUUCUCAGGAACUAAACUGAGGCCUCGUGAUGAACUCUUCUGGUUUAAGAAGCCUGAGCUACUUUUGUCCUUGAUCCACUUUAUUCUGUUUCAGAAUGCAUUCGAACUAGCUUCCUUCUUCUGGUUUUGGUGGCAGUUUGGAUAUAACUCGUGCUUCAUUAAGAACCAUCUGCUUGUCUACUUACGACUGAUUCUGGGGUUCGCUGGACAAUUUCUUUGCAGCUAUAGCACAUUGCCUCUAUAUGCUCUGGUUACUCAGAUGGGAACAAACUACAAGGCAGCCCUGAUUCCACAGAGAAUACGAGAAACAAUUCAUGGAUGGAAGAAGUCUGCUAGGAGGAAGAGAAGGCUUGGUAUGUCAGCAGAUGAUUCAACAAUACAUACAGACACAAGCACAGUUAUAUCCCUGGAGGAAUACGAUCGUCAAUUGUUUGAUGAGCCCACAAAUCCAGCUGAUGCAUACACGAAAAUUGAGUUACAGCCAUCUCCUCCUACAAUCGUCAUUAGUCCUCCUGUUGCUAACGAGACUUCAAGUAGAGUUGGUACGCCUCUCCUUCGCCCUUCUGCGUCUGUGUCUUCAUCGUCCACCACGAACUUCAAUGCAGGUGCUUUUUCAAGAUGCAUUUCCAUGCCAGCUAGAAGAGAAUGAUAACCAGGUUUUCAUGGCUAUGAUGGGGGCAGCGAAGUGCUUGACUGGUUUUGUUCGUAAUGUCUCAUCUGAGGAUGCCAUGUCAGAGUUUAAUCUUAACAGUGUAUACUGCGAUACGUAGGUUGUAAAAUUUCCUCGGGGGAUAGGUAAGGAAGUAAUGGAAUAGAGUUGGUGUGACUGGUAGAUACUGACACAGAUACAAAGCAUAAUACAGGCCCUGCAGUUUCGAACGGCUUUCGUUAAAAA